GAAGAAGAAGAAGACGAAGAAGUUAGCGGAACCGGAAAAAGAAGUCCUGUCAGAAGGACGGAGGAGCCGUGUUGUGUAGAGUCUGUGGUGAGCUAGCUCAGGAAACAUGUUGACCAAUAUCUCUAAUGUGCUGAGGGCUUGCGCCCAGAGAAACGGAGCUGCAGCCGUCGUGUCAGCACGCACCUAUGCUGACUUCACAACUGAGGCUACCUUUGAAAUAAAGAAAUGUGACAUCUACAAGCUGGAUGAGGCCCCGGCUACUCAGGUGGUUAUGACUCGUGAUGAGGGUCUGCAGUACUACCGCACCAUGCAGACCAUAAGGCGUAUGGAGCUGAAAGCAGAUCAGCUGUAUAAGCAGAAGAUCAUCAGAGGAUUCUGCCACUUGUAUGACGGCCAGGAGGCCUGUGCAGUUGGUAUCGAAGCAGCAAUUAAUUUGACAGACCACCUGAUCACUGCGUACCGUGCCCACGGCUACACGUACACCAGAGGAGGGACUGUGAAGCAGAUCAUGGCUGAGCUCACCGGCAGAAGAGGAGGUAUUGCAAAGGGCAAAGGAGGCUCUAUGCACAUGUACAUUAAAAACUUCUACGGAGGAAAUGGGAUUGUCGGAGCUCAGGUUCCCCUGGGUGCUGGUGUGGCUCUGGCCUGCCAGUAUCAGGGCAACAAUCAGCUGUGUGUCUCUCUCUAUGGUGAUGGUGCUGCCAACCAGGGUCAGAUUUUUGAAACCUACAACAUGGCAGCACUUUGGAAGCUGCCCGCCAUCUUCAUCUGUGAGAACAACCGGUAUGGCAUGGGCACAUCAGUGGAGCGAUCUGCAGCCAGCACAGACUACUACAAGAGAGGAGAAUUCAUUCCUGGUCUCCGGGUUGAUGGGAUGGAUGUUCUGUGUGUUCGGGAAGCCACCAGGCUUGCAGCGGAUCACUGCCGAUCUGGGAAGGGUCCCAUUCUCAUGGAGCUUCAGACCUACCGCUAUCAUGGACACAGUAUGAGUGAUCCUGGUGUCAGCUAUCGGACACGUGAGGAGAUCCAGGAGGUCCGCGGUAAGAGCGACCCCAUCUCCUUGCUGAAGGACCGCAUGCUCAGCAACAACAUGGCCAGCGUGGAGGAGCUCAAGGAGAUUGAUGUGACGGUGAGGAAGGAAAUCGAAGAUGCUGCUCAGUACGCCACCACAGAUCCUGAACCCCCUCUGGAAGAAUUGUGCAACCACAUCUUUUACAACAAUCCACCCCUGGAGGUGCGCGGCGUGAACCCGUGGACCAAGCUGAAGUCUGUUAGCUAAAGUUUUUUCAUCCCCUUUUUUCCUCACAUCAUCCACCCAAUAAUAUAUUACCCCCCACCCCCGCCCCUCGCAUAUACACACACAUCAAACAGUGUACCAUAAACUAAUGCCUCGGACCCAGAGAUUGAACUGUCAGCAAGUAAAUUCAUUUCAUAUUCACAAAGAAACUAACAAAGAUUGGCAAGAACACUAAAUUAAAUAAUGUUCAAAUGGUUUCAGUGUUAAAAGCAACCUAAAGAGUGCUGCCAUAGUCCCCUGUCCCAUAUUUAUUUAUAUUAUUUGUAAAAAUAUUGAACUAUUAGCCAACUCACCACAUUAUAGAACGUUUGUUUUAUGUUUAAUAAUUAAAAUCACCAUCCUUGACGAUGGUUAAUUAUUUAAGGUCUUCACCUCCUGUAUGAAGUAUAUGCACCAAAAGAUAUAGAUUAAUACAUGUCAGUAAUUAUUUUUAUUUUAGAGGGGAAGCUCAAGAAAUGAGUUAAGCUACGUUAAGGCACUAAAUCAGAAGGUUUUUUUUUAAUCUGGCCCCAAGUGAAUAUAUUUAGUAGAUUCUAAAUUAGCUUGUGUGAUGGUAAUCUCUGGUCACUUUUGAGGCAUAAUAAAGCAAAUGUCCACCCAUCACCGUUCAUCUCAUAGUCUGAGAGUCUGACCUGUAAAUCAUGGCUUUGUACUCUUUAUAAUGAAGUGUACAUGAUAAAUCAUUCAGUUUGAGUUAACUACUUCUUGUCUUUUUUUAUUUAACCCCUUGUUACAAAGACACCAUAAAGGCAGCAGUCUAAAGACUGUUGUUACUAUCCUCAAUAUGUCUCCAUAUGUUAUUCUAUGUAAGAGAGGAUGAAGAAUAUCAUGGGAAAGGUUUGAAAUGUUUUCAUUUAUCUUGCCAAACCAAACGUGCCUGGCAGAUCUUGUGUCGUUUAGAGGAUGAAUGUGUCGUCUCGUGUUUGUGUCACACUCCGAGCCGAGCAGCUGAUUCUAAAAGUGUGAGACGCGUUCAAUGAGUGCGUUUACAUUCAUGUUUAUUUUGCAGAUGCAGUACUCUGGUGCUCAGGUGCCUCGUUUGAGUUUCAUGACACAAACCGCGCAUUUCCAUAUAUUUGGAGAAGCUUUUCUUCACUUUGUGUGUAAAUGUGUACAGUCAGAAUUACCACAAGCUGGAACAUCUAUUGCCUGCAACAAUGGUGAAUGUAAUCAUGACUUGGAGCGCAUUCAUCAGCUAAGCUUCACUUUUCACAUUGAGUUUCCAAAUCAAAGAGGGAUUUUGGGUUAAGUAUUGUUGACUGAGUAGCUUUAUGUGCUGCUUGUAUGUCUUGUGCUAUAUGUCAGCAGGGGUACAUUAUUGGUUCAAAUGUACAGGGAUACAUGGACAUUUUGAAUUUCAGUCUGUUUUUUCUUGUCAAGUACUUGAACACAUUAUUUAAAAAAAAAAAAAAAGACUGACAUCUCAGGUAGCAAAAUAAAACCAACCUGCAUUAACACUGCUAGCAGCAAGCUGCCAUUUUAAUUUUCAGUAUUCCUAAACACUGUAACAAUGCUUGUAACCCUUUAAAGGGUACCAGAAGGGAAGGGUCUUUUUUUUUUUUUAAAAGUCAAAUGAGAAGAUGGACUCAAAUUUGAAAUGCCAAUAUGUCUUAGUACGUCUAUAAAUGCCCACAGUGUGAGUAUUUGUUGUAGUAAACUGUUACAUUGGGGUAGCAGAUGACGCAGGGAAACACUCCAUGGAAACAUUGGUUUUAAAUGUGUGUCACUGUAAUAAAAAAUACUCUAAGAUACUG